GCCGAAACCGCCUUUUAAUUUUCAAAAGGUACCACCUCUAGUAACGUCUAGGAACCCAUCGAUAUUAGCGAUAAGUAAUCAGCUUGUGUUGUCAUUUUUUUAAAAGAUGGGCGAUCUGCUGAGCAACUCGGAACUUUUUAAGAAGCUGGGAGUGGACAGAUCAAACCAGUGGAUACUGUACGAUGAGCAAAUGGAGAAGUUCUUCAAGUUCCUGUCCGGAAACAUCACGGAUGCGAAUAUCCUCACAGAGCGACAGGUUCUGGAGCGGGAGGAGAUGCAGCGGCGGGACGAGUGGCUAGGUGCUUCGGAUCGGGAGCUCAAGCUUCUGCAGAUCGAGGCUGAGAGUCCGGGUCUUCUCAAUUACAAGCAGCAGGAUGUGGACGCCUUGACCAUGAGCAUAGAGGCAAUCGAAGAAGCUUCGAGGGAUUAUGCUACGCUCCUGGAGGACAUGAUGACCACAAAACACUCGAUAAAUAACCAUCUAAGCGAGGUGGAAUGCGCCACCGCCGAGCUGCAACUAAAGAUGAAGGAUGUGAUAGCAGAGUGCCAGUCUAAAUCCAAACAACUGGAAGAACUGCAGCAGGAGAAUUGCCGGCUGAGCGCCGAAGCCAAUAAGGCAUUUACCGCGCAACAGUUGCCGCCUCUCUUCAUGCACCAAUUGCCACUGGAGCAGUACUUCCACAAGUGCGACUCAUUCAUGCAAUACUUUACGCUGUAUGUGAAGGAGAACUUCAAGAUCCAAGACUAUGAUGAGUUCCAGAGCGCAGAGGCUGAUCUUGGGCGUGAGAAGGCCACGCUGGAGGACUUGGAACGCGGCAUCCAGUUUUAUGCACUAUCCUAUAUAAGAACAAAGGCCAAGGUUAAGGCCACGCAGUCUCUUAUUGACCAGUUGGAUCUUGGCAAGAUUCACUGCCUCAGUUUGACGGACAUGGCGCGUGAAAUGCACGAUCUGCAGCUGCUCAACGAUUAUCAGCUGAGCAACACGCACGAUACGCUUUUAAAUGAUCUGACCAUUCACAUUCAGCAGCAUACUCAGCGACGUAUUGAGCUGGUUCUCUACGAGAACACUAAACUGAAGUUGGAAAGAGCCGUUCAGCGUCACGACAGCGACAAGAAACUGACCAAAAUCAUCUCAGAUGCUCUGUCCAAUGCGGAGUUGCUGUGGAUAGCGAUUCAGCUGGACUGCGACAAGAAGCGCAACUGCCUGGACACUACGGAGGAGUUGCGUGACCAAGCGCAGGCCACUUGGCAAAGGAUCCAGACCAUGCGCUCCAUAAACGCCAGCCACCAGGGAAUUUGCGCACAGUUUGUGCAAGAGAUUGCCAAUCUGUUGUCAGCCCACUUGGGACAAAACAUUAAGGCUACUGAGGCCAAGGCGUGUCUCUUCGAAUACGAAAAGUUCGGACGUCUGCUAUCUUACUCCUUUCAGAGCAUGCUUAACAGAAAAUCCUGUGCGGCUGUCCAGGAUCAGUUAGCGGAGCUGAAUCGUUUGGAGCAGACUUUGCGACCGUUUGUCUAUGAUUCGCCACUUGAGCAGCCCAUGUUUGAGAACGUUCGCUACUUGAGCACCAUAUACAAUGUCACCCAGCAACACAAUCGCCUGGAUGAGUCAGUGCGAUCUCUGCGAAAAGAUUUUCGGGAAAAUGUCGUGGGGCGCAUUGAGAGGGAUAAGCUGUAUCGCUAUAGCGUAGACCUUUGGAUUUGGUUUCUUACAGAGCCGCAGCGCAUGAUGCAUGCAAUUGAUGAGGUUAAAAAGGCAGCCGCUGGAGUAAUGCGUCCUGUUGGUGGACUUCAUCGCAAAUAAACUUAGUUGAUUUUGAGUGUGGUCAGUAAAUGUUAAAGUGUUAAAAAAUAAACUAUCCCUAAUUA